AACCAACGUCACUUAUUUGAAGUGCAGUUCAGCACAACCAGCUUCGAUGAAGUGUUCCGCACCACACGUUAAGCUAACACGAACAGUGAUUGUGGAGGAGAAUGACUGUGAGCAACGUAACAGCAAGGUGAUCACAGUAAAGAGUGGUGUUCCACGCGUUUGUGAGACACGGGAAUUUCAUACUUGGAUGAAAGAUUGUACGGAGAGCAGAGAGGAGUCCACAGAGAAGUCCCAUAUUUUUCCCGACGGUGAUAAAGUGACCAAAAAGGACGGUGAUAAGGUCGAAUGUAGUUACUUUGAUCGUUCGGAGACCCAUCACACCACUCAUUCAAAAAACGACCUAUGAGAAACGAGGAGACCAUUCUUUAUCCGGCGUCCAACCUCAAAGCGGUAGAAAAUAUGAUGUAAUAAUAGUUGCUGUCAUUUUAUUACUUUGUUUACUAUCUCCUUGUUCUUCCAGCAAUAUCAAGAUAUUUG